AGGCAAGGACAAAGGCAGGAGCUGCAACGCAGGAGGGAGGAGAGGAGGGAGGGAGACACCCAGAUAGAAGGAGGGGGUGCAGGGCCGGCGGCAGAGCCAGAAGGCCAAGACCACGGGGCCCUGUUGGGGGAGCGGAGCGGGCAGUGGGAGCGAGGGGCUGCCGAGCCUUCGGGCGCUGGGGGCAGGGGCAGCCGCCGGGCGGGGAGCGGGAGCAGCAGCCGCAGCAGCAGCAGCAGCAAGGCUUCCCCCGGCAGGAAGUGGCCCAGCGGGGGGGAAGGGAGUGUCGGGAGGAAGUGGAGACUCUGUAGAGGCUCUCGUCCCCGGGCUGGGAAGGGAGAGUCUCGGCAGGGCCUGCAGGCUUCCUCGCCCGGCUCCGGCCCGCGGCUGGGGGGUGGUGGCCAUGGACAGAGCUCGCGCGGGCUGGCUCCAGUGAUGCUCUUCUAGGUCGGCGCGGGCCCGAGCCUCCAUCUGGCUCCCAGGUCACCGGCAGCAUGGCCUCGGGAGCCGGGCCGGCCUUCGAAGACCUCCCCCACGACGGCACGUGCGACGCCUGUGAGCCCGACGAGGCCGAGCGGGCGGUGCAGCUCUGCGACAGCUGCGGCUUCUGCUACUGCCAGCCCCACGCCCGCGAGCACCGCCAGAGGUACGGCAGCCACCGGCUGUGGGACUACGGGGGUCCCGACGGCGGCCGCGAGGAGCCCGAGAAGCUGGAGAGGAAGAAGUGCUCCGAGCACGGCCAGGAGCUGAGCCUCUACUGCAAGGAAGACGAGCAGAUCAUCUGCACGCUGUGCGCCGUGGCGGGCUCCCACCAGCAGCACCCCCUCAGCACCUUGGACGAAGCCUACGACAUCAUGAGGAAUAGAGAACCGGUGGAUCUGAAGGUGGCCAUGUUAGAGAUGGUGGAGAGGCUGAAAUUCAAGUGCGGGGACCCCAGAGUGAGCCGGAGUGAGAUGAAGAUCUGUAUCCAGCAGGAGUUUGACAAGGUUCGGAAGCAGGUCUGUGAGGAGGAACGCAAGGCUCUUCACCUAGUAGACCUCCAGGAAGCCGUGGCCACCGCUCAUGUUACGGAGGUCCUGGCCGAAAUCCACGUCCACAUGGAGAAGUUGAUGGCUGAGAUGGCAGAGAUCAGACACCAGCUCGAUGCCUUCAAUGAACUGGCUUCCAUGAAAUCUGAGAUCAGAGAUGAAGAAUUCAGACUUAAUCCUUUCCCAGCCUUCCCUGGUCCAAACCGAGGGUCUCAUAGGUAUGACGAUGAUGAUCCUUCAUCAGCCAACGGACCCUUCUGAAAAGUGGACACCAUUGUUUUGGUGGCUGGAAGAGAGCCUUGUCAGGAAAAUCUCUCUCCACUCAGCCUACUAAACAGGAAAACAUGCAGAAGAAAAAAACAAUGAAUGCUUGCUUGUUUGUGGCAGCAGCAACACAAAGUCCUCCCUUCUUCAUGUGUAUGAGAAUGUGUGUGUGUUUUCACCCUCCUACUUUUCCAUGAACUUUCCAACAAGAGCUGUGUCCCCAGCCCUGCCACUAGACAUGCAUCUCCCCCAGGCUCUGGUCUUCUGUCUGCCAUGUGCCCCCCAUUUGGGUCACAGUGGGCAUCAGGAGUAGUUCUGUGCCAGGGCCCCGGGUGGAAGAGUCCUUUGUGAAAUCUCUGAGAAGCAAGUUGGCUCUGACUCAGGGAAGGCUGUUCCCUAGAGGCAAGAAGAACCCAGCAGAAUCCAGAGCUAUCAGAGGUGGGCAGGGGGUUCAUUUUUCCCUGCCCGCCAACAACAGAAAAAUCCACUUUGGUUCUAUUGCAUCAGGACAAAGGUGGACCCAAUAAUGGAGCCCAGGUACUGAUGCUCCCCAAAAGUUUGACUCUGGUGUUUUGAAGGGGUGUGGCCAUUAAUUAAGAUGGAUGUCUUUGCAAUGAAGGAAAGAAAUAGCCAUGUGAGUCUGAAAGAUGCCCAAGUGUUUUCAUUGAUAGUUGGCCAGGACUUCGGUUUCUUAAUUCCGUCCUGGGAGAUUAACCCUUGACUUUGGGGAAAGUUUGCUUCAGCUGACUGACACGCUAAUUGCCCAAGUCCUCAAGGUCAUCUCCCGAAGGUUCUUAGACCCAUUUUGUCAGAGCCUGGCUUCUCUUGGGAAUUCUGUACGUUCCCAUAUUACUCAUGACACAUAAAAAGGCCAGAAUAGUCAUAAAAACCAAGUGGUAGCUUUGGUGCGGGAUUCUGUACUCCUUGUUUAAAAACAAGUAAGCUCCUUGUAUCCAAGUGACGUGUUGAGUUGAUUUUCCUCCCAAAUUUAUGGUUUUCUGCCAUCUCGUAACUCCUAGAAGAUAGCCAUCCUUGAAGUCCUUUCUACUCAGAAACCUCUAAGGUAUUUCCAGCACCCUCCCUUUUCUCAAGUCACGGAGAAUCCCGGACAACCAGAGAAGGACUAGAAGUUGGUUUCUUUGCCCACCUUGGUCUGCAAGCUCACCUUCCUUUGCAAGUUCUGCUCUUUGGAAUACAGCACCAUCAAGUUUCCUUCUGACCCCUGAAGCCAGAACCAAAGAAAAAAGCUUGAUCCCUGAGGUUGGAAGCCCCAAUAGACCUGCUUCAGCCGACACCUGUACACCUGUAGCUCGGUGGUUUUCUGCUCUAGGGUGAGGGAGCUGGGAGACUUCAGGGGGUGGGUGGGCAAUGGUUUCCUGCAACUGGUACCCAGAGAGGAAAGUGGAAGUUGUUUUCUCUUGAAAUUCUGAUUUUUGCUGUUGAAUCUUAUGUGUGGAGUGAAAUUAUUUCUAUGUGGAAGGGUCUGAACCAAUGUAUCCAACAUCUCCCCCAACCCAGGAUAAUAAUUAGGGCAAAGUAAAAGGAUCUUUGCCUCAGGGCAGCAAAUUCAAAGUCUCCUGCAUUUGGAGACCUGAUAAUUGUACUCAAAUUUGCUUUAGCGCUAUAGAAACAAUAGUAAUACACACUAGCAUUUAUUAAACACCUACUAUGUGCUAGGUACUAAGCUAAGCAAUUAACAAUUAUUAGCUCAUUUGAUCUUUACAACAGGGAAGUGCUAUUACUCCUAUUUUACAGAUGAGGAAACUGAGGCAGAUAGUGAUUGAAUGACUUUCCUGAAGUCACACACUGAGGUCGGAUUUUAAUUCACAUCUUCCUGACUCCAAACCCAGUGCUCUAUCCACGGAGCCACCUAGCUUCUACAACAGAAUUUACAUAGGAAGUUAUUCAAUGAUACGGGGAUGAGUUCCUCCCUCGUGUCACCUUAAUCUUCUUGUCUCCCCCAGCUCAGCCAAAGGUACAAAUCACACUAGCUCAGAAAUCACAGAUUCCUGGUCAGAGUUUUGUCCCCCCACUUUCUGCCCAGACUCCCCAUCCCCAUCUCCAUCUCAGCAAUACCGUCCUGGUCCGAGUGGGAAUCCUGGAUUAGGAAAAAGCAAAUAAGGUUUGGAUGCUUCAGCAAGAUCUGCCCACAAGCAGCUAAGCCCAUGGCCACCUGCCCAUCAUUCUGGAGACAAGGAGGAUGCUAUAUUGACCGGGCUCUACCCUGCCACUUGUACCAACAACUCCCCUAACGGAAAAUGCUUUCGAAGGCCAUUCCUUAAAAGCCGACUUGCUGCUUCUGAGGAGCUAUUAGAUUGACGGUGUGGAACCUGGCUCUGCCUUUUUUUUUCCCCAUCAUUGAUUUCCACCAUGCCCCCUGAAAUAGUAACUCUGUCCUUGUGAUGGGCAAAUUUUAGAGGUCUGCAAUAGGGCAUGAGAACUGAUUAAAAAAAAGUUUGCGACCUGAAUCAUGAUUUUGGAAAUCCUGAAGUUUAUGAGAUGGUUAUAACCAAGAAUAUAAAAAUAUACUGCAACUUGUCCAAAUAAAUUAUCAUAUCUCAAUAA